UUGACAGGUUAGAAUAAGUUAAAAUAUAUUCUUUCCUCGAUAUUUUUCAACUACUUUUUAACUUUUUCUCGGACUGUUUAGUAUACAAGUUUUUCCUGAUUAAGUCACAUAGGUAUUUAUGCUCUAACGACUUAAUGGAGAUUUCUUUUCUCAAUGGUUUUAUUUCCAUACCACACCACAAAAGCGGAAGCUCUGACUUUACAUUGUAUUUCCAAUUAAUGGUUAUCCACUCAUUUCAGCAUCAAAAAUGGAAGACAUAAACCGAGCAGAAUCUUCAGACAUACCAGGAAGAACAUCAAAAAUGCCGAAAGAGUUCAAAUUUUCUGAAAACCCUACUAAAGUUUUGUCACAUACUAAAAAUAAUGUUAGACAUUUAAAAGAAAAGAAUAUUACGGAAGAAACCAAUGAAAUAUCAGAAGAUUUCCAUCCAAAGAUAAUAAAUGGUAGACCAGCAGAAGAAGGUGAAUUUCCAUGGAUGGUUGCACUUCACUACAAUGAUCGAUAUAUUUGUAGUUCAAGUUUGAUAUCUCCAACAUUAGUGUUAACAGCAGCCCAUUGCGUUGUGUUCGAAAAUACUGCAGAACCCGCAUCGGCGUUUUAUGGGAUAAUUGGUAAUCUUCUCCGAGAAGGUCCACAAACCAGAUUAACAUUUAGCGAGCUGGUUGCCCAUCCUCAGUAUGGUAGUGGCUCUGAAAAUGACAUUGCAGUGUUCCGAGUAGCUGAACGUGUGCAAACGUCAGGUUUAAUCAAGCCAAUCUGUUUACCUCAAUCUGGAAGGGAAUUUGAAAACAUCUAUGUUCAGGCAAUAGGUUGGGGUGUAACGUCUAAUGAAAAUGGUGCUGCUCCUCCCGAAAAUUUAAUGACAACUGAACUUCAAGUUCCAUCGUUAAAAGCAUGCCAAUUCUUCUUUGCUUUCUUGGCUAUUUCUAUAACUGAUAAACACGUUUGUGCCAAUUCUUAUAGAUCUACCGGUGUUUGUUUUGGUGAUUCUGGUGGUCCACUUGUAUAUGAUGAUCCGAUGAGUGGAAAUAAUGUUCAAAUAGGUGUCGCCUCCUUCGUUACUUUCCUAGGCUGUGGUCGUCCACUUGUUCCCAAUGUAUACACAGCUACAGCUGCUUAUGUGGACUGGUUGACAGAAACAGUUGGUGAAAAUGAUAUUUGUUUUGUAUGAAAUAUAAAAGAAAUUGUACAGUUAAAUUAUUUAUUUAAAUAAACUAU